UGUCACAGAUAAUAUUGUACACGGCCACCGCUUCGUGUCUAUCAAAAUAAAUACGAAAGUAGAAGUUAAUCAUAAUUAAUUCUCUCACAAAAGCUUUUGAAACAUGUACACGAAUCAACAUUUUAUAAGGACAUGACUACGUUUUCCGACAUGACUAUUAUCAUUUUGAGCUUGACAGUGGCGACUAAUUGAUUUAUCAACUGCACAUAUUUUCGGAUAGUUUGGUAUUUGUUGAAAUUUUGAAGAAGCAUAACACAUUAACAGUUAGGAAUCCUGGAAGAAUGUUUAGUAGUAUCAUACAAAAUAUAGCUAAACCUUUCAACAGAAGUCAUUCCAACCAAAGCACUGGCAGUGCUACAGGACCUGCUACCGGUAGAGAUGAUCGUGUUGAAGAUGGAUUUCUGUUAGUUGGUGACACAGCUAGUGAAAGAACCAUUAUCAAUGCUAGAAACUUUAGGGCUGAUACCAUUGAUGCUCCACCGAACUAUAAAGAGGCAUCAAACAACUGUCUUCCAAGCUACCAGGAUUAUACUGCAAGUAUGCAUAGUCAGUCCCCAACACUUGAUGUUUCUCAGUUCCCUGACAUACAACAUGGAAACCCCUUCCAAACAGGUUCAACCACUGUAAACACAGGAAGAGAAGCUCAUGGACUGCAACAGAGAAACCCCACAGAUCAGGGGUUCGCAGAUAUGAAAUCAGCAAGGACUGCAAUAUCAGAUGUUCCUUUUGUUCUGGGAAAUGGUUUACAGUCUCCUAGAGUGGUUCAAGAAAUGCGUUCAAGCAAUAUAUUUCAGCAGAAGACUUUUGAUUAUUCUCUGUAUGAUUAUAAUUUUAAUUUAGAAAGAUCAUUUUUAAAUGAGCAGGAGGGAUACAGGGAAAACGAAAGCAUGGAAUUCUCUUACUAAAACCUUAUCAGUUAUGUGAAAUUAGACACUAAUUAUCUUACGGAUUGAAAACCCAUUAAGGAGUUUUUGUCCCCUUAAAUCAAAACAUGUUAUACUUAUUACUUAAAUGUUGCAAAUUGAUGUCUGUUUCUGCAAAGUGAAGAGUCAAUCGAUAUGAAAAUGACGCUCUGGAAAAUGGUAAUUAUGAUCCAGAUUUUUACUACAUACUGCUGCCAUAGUAGAAUAAAGUCGCAAGACUAAUGGAUGUAUGGAGAAGUGAGACAAUUUCUUAGACUGUAUUUUUACAGGCACAUAUCAUGCGUGAAGGUAUGGAAUUUGUCUAACUUCAAAGUGAGAUAUAUCCCAUUAACUAAUUUUCUCUUUAUUUCAUGCUGAUUGAUGAAAUGCAAGCAAAGAUAUAAACAGAGCUGUAUCACUUACAGUGCAAGGGAUAUGAAUUAAAUUUCCUUGUUAAAACACAGAGGUCAUAGCUCAAAGACAAACCUCUGAUUUAUUUAUUUUGCUUAUUUAGUGAGUAUGUGCAUGCCUGGUUUCACCCAGUCAGUGUUUUCCUAUAUAUUCAACAACCUGCCAAAAUCCAUGCAAGAUCUAAGAAAAAUUAUUGCUAACAAGGAAUAAAGAUGUUACAAAAUGUCUGCAAUCAAUGAAGAUUUCCUCCUCUUAUAGGGGAUUUCCUCCUCUUAUAGGAUAUGAGAAAUUUACCUUGAGAAAUAAAAUAUUCCUAAUUUGUCAUGCAUAUUUGAAUGAAUGUGGCAACAUUUUCCAUGAGUGAUUUUGAUUGGUUAAUGAAACAAUGCUGAUUGGCUGAACACUUUAGAUAAACUAAGUAAUGAAAUGUGCCAGUGGUACAACCAUGGUAGACCUCUGGCAUGCAAGAACAUUCAACAAUUUAUAUACAUUGACAUCAAGCAGUCUGUAUUGUGUUUUCCAAUAUUAUUUGAAUUUGAUUUGUUUUCCUUGUAUUAAAAAAAACAUUCUGUGUAUUGUUGAGCUUUAGGUAUGUUUUUGUGUUCUGUUUUUUUGCAUGUUGUAAUCAGAAAAUCAAUGUCAGAAGGUUCCUUCAUAAAGAAUGUACUGUUUAAAAUUGAUUUUGAGCUCUAUUUGCCAGUAAAUACUCAAGGUUACAUUCCUGGUUUGUUGGUCUCAUCAUAACUUACUUACAAAGACGUUCUAAUAUUUUUUCCAAGUUUAUAGUUAAUCAGAGAUUUUUAUUACCUAGUAGAUAUAUAUUAUAUUUUUGUGAUGGUAUUAGCAUUUAGUUUAAAUACUGUAUUUUCUGGGCAGUGAAAAUCAUUUUGCUUGUUACUAGUGAUGUGCUGAUUACUUAAUGGAGUUGACAAAUCGUGUUUCCUGAUUUGUCAGCAAAAAAUUUCAUCUUUAACAAAUUCUGAAAUUGUAAAAAUGCCACAAAAUUACCUCUUUCUAAUAUUACAUAUCAUAAUUAUAUAACCAUUCUGUUGACAGAAUUGUCAUUUUUAUUAGCUCGACUAUUCAUAGAAUAGUAGAGCUAUUGGACUCGCCCAUGCGUCUGCGUCCGCAUCCGCGUCCGCGUCCCGAUUUGGUUAAGUUUUGUAUGUAAGCUGGUAUCUCAGCAACCACAUGUGGGAAUGGAUUGAAACUUCACACACUUAUUCACUGUGAUAAACUGACUUACAUUGCACAGGUCCCAUAACUCUAUUCUGCUUUUUUUACAAAAUUAUGCCCCUUUUUCGACUUAGAAAUUUUUGGUUAAGGUUUUGUAUGUAAGCUGGUAUCUCAGUAACCACUUGUGGGAAUGGAUUGAAACUUCACACACUUAUUCACUGUGAUAAACUGACUUACACUGCACAGGUCCCAUAACUCUAUUUUGCUUUUUUACAAAAUUAUGCCCCUUUUUCGACUUAGAAAUUUUUGGUUAAGGUUUUGUAUGUAAGCUGGUAUCUCAGUAACCAUUUGUGGGAAUGGAUUGAAACUUCACACACUUAUUCACUGUGAUAAACUGACUUACAUUGCACAGGUCCAUAACUCUAUUUUGCUUUUUUACAAAAUUAUGCCCCUUUUUCGACUUAGAAUUUUUUGGUUAAGGUUUUGUAUGUAAGCUGGUAUCUCAGUACUCACUAAUUGGAAUGGAUUGAAACUUCACACACUUGUUCACUGUCAUGAUCUGACAUGCACAAAGCAGGUUCCAUAACUCUAUUUUGCUUUUUUAGAAAAUUAUGCCCCUUUUUCGACUUAGAAUUUUUUGGUUAAGGUUUUGUAUGUAAGCUGGUAUCUCAGUAUCCACUAAUGGGAAAGGAUUGAAACUUCACACACUUGUUCACUGUCAUGAUAUGACAUGCAGUGCAAAGGGUCAAUAACUCAACUUUGCAUUUUACAAAAUUAUGCACCUUUUUAAACUUAGGAGUUUUGGGUUAAAUUCUUAUAUGUAAGCUGGUAUCUCAGUACCCUCUAAUGGGAAUGGAUUGAAACUUCACACACUUGUCCACUGUCAUGAGCUGAUAAGCACUAUGCAGGUUCCAUAACCCUAUUUUGCUUUUUUUAAAUUAUGCCCCUUUUUCGACUUUCGUAUUCAUUCAGUCGACAAGGCUGUUGAAUAGUCGAGCGUUGCUGUCCUCCGACAGCUCUUGUUCAUUUACUGGUAUAUACAUGUAAAGUUAAUAUUUUUGUAUAUGUUAAUUUGAAUAAUUGAUUAGUUAUUACGUUUUAUUCAAAGUUGGCGAUAAUUCUUUAAUGUCCAGAGGCAGCUUUUUCCUCAUAAGUGACAUAUUUGAUUUUGAUUAUGAUUAAUUAACAACAGGCACUAUUUUGUCCUGAAUAAUUGUCAUGAAAAUUUAACAAUAUAUUUAUGUAAUACAAAAACUUAGGAAAAAAAGAAAUCAAGUUGAUCGGGGCAGUUUGAAAACAGUGCCAAAAUGGUUAUUUCAUGGGGAUAUGAAUUGAAUUUCAUGGAUUUCAAAUUUCGAAUAUAAAAUGAAUGUGAAUUUGACUUGUUUGUUAAUAUUUAAUUUCUUGGAGUCACUCAACCAUGAAAAGUAGUCCUGCAUGAUCUUUAAUGAUAAAUGAUAUAAGAUAGUUCACAACUGCAGAACGAAACUGGUCAAAAGAGCAUGUCCUCCAUGGCUCACACCCAGCCACAUCAUACUAUGAUCAUUAAUGAGUAUACAGUAGGGUCAUUCUUUAAUUACUAAAGAAUCUUACCAAAUUGUGGCAUUUUUAUGCCCCCAGCAUCUACUGAUGCGGGAGGCAUAUAGUGAUUGUCCUGUCCGUUCGUCCAUCCGUACGAGGUUAACCAAAUGGGACCGUUUUGUUCUAGUAUCAAUACCCGUAACUAGAAUGACUUGAUACUAAUGCAGAUGUAACCUGUGACAAUCCCUCAUCUUCAGACAUCACCUGACCUCAGUUUGACCUUGACCUUGAACUUGACCUCAUUUUGGACUUUGGUUGCUUUGUAUUGACAAGGAUGCCACCAGGGGCAUCAAGCGUUUAUUGAAUGCAGCUCCUUGUUUUUUCAAUUUCUGUAAAGGCAAUAAAAGCAAUGUCACUGGUGAACAUUUUUCAGAAUGAACAUUUUUUGGCAAUAUAGUUACUGCAAUAUUAGAUUAUUUCAGAUUGUGAUCAGUCAUAUUAUUUGGGUAUGCAUGCAACAAUUGCAUGAUUGUUAGUCGUAGCUUACUAAUUUUUUUAGUAUUUUCAUUUUUAUAUUCAUUGAAAAAUGUAUUUGGCUGGUUCAUUUCUUUAUGUAUCCUUACAAGAAGGCCCUGUAUCGCUCACCUGACCUAUUGACCUAAAGAUCAUCAAGAUUAACAUUCUGACCAAGUUUCAUCAAGAUAUGUUCAUAAAUGUGGCCUCUACAGUGUUAACUAGCUUUUCUUUUGAUUUGACCCCGUGACCUAGUUUUUGACCCAACAUGACCCAGAUUCGAACUUGACCUAAAGAUCAUCAAGUUUAACAUUCUGACUAAGUUUCAUGAAGAUACAGUCAUAAAUGUGGCCUCUUGAGUGUUAACAAGCUUUUCCUUUGAUUUGCCCCAUGACCUAAUUCUUGACCCAACAUGACCCAGAUUCGAACUUGACCUAAAGAUCAUCAAGUUUAAUAUUCUGACUAAGUUUCAUGAAGAUAUAGUCAUAAAUGUGGCCUCUAGAGUGUUAACAAGCUUUUCCUUUGAUUUAAUCUAGUGACCUAGUUUUUGACCCCAGCUGACCCAGAUUUAAACUUGACCUAAAGAGCAUCAAGAUAAACAUUCUGACGAAGUUUCAUUAAGUUAUGGUCAUAAAUGUGGCCUCUACAGUGUUAACUAGCUUUUCCUUUGAUUUGACCAGGUGACCUAGUUUUUAAUCCUACAUGACCCAGAUUCAAACUGGACCUUAAGAUCAUCAAUAUUAACAUUCUGACCAAGUUUCAUGAAGAUAUAGUCAUAAAUGCGGCCUCUACAGUGUUAACAAGCUUUUCCUUUGAUUUGACCUGGUGACCUAGUUUUUGACCUCAGAUAACCCAAUAUCAAACUCGUCUAAGAUUUUUUUAAGGAUAACAUUCUGACUAAGUUUCAUUAAGAUUGGGCCAAAAUUGUGACCUCUAGAGUGUUAACAAGUUCCUUUGAUUUGACCUGUUGACCUAGUUUUUGACCCCAGGUGACCCAAUAUCGAUCUCUUCCAAGAUUUAUUAAGGGUAACAUUCUGACUAAGUUUCAUUAAAAUAGGGCCAAAAAUGUGACCUCAAGAGUGUUAACAAGCUUUUCCUUUGAUUUGACCUGGUGACCUAGUUUUUGACCCCAGAUGACCCAAUAUCAAACUCGUCCAAGACUUUAUGGAGGGUAACAUUCUGACUAAGUUUCAUUAAGAUUGGGUCAAAAUUGUGACCUCUAGAGUGUUAACAAGCUUUUCCUUUGAUUUGACCUGGUGACCUAGUUUUUGACCCCAGAUGACCCAAUAUCGAACUUGUCCAAGAUUUUAUGGAGGGUAACAUUCUGACCAAGUUUCAUUAAGAUUGGGCCAAAAAUGUGACCUCUAGAGUGUUAACAGUCAAUUUGUUGACGACGGACGGAGGGUGAUCACUAAAGCUCACCUUUGAGCACUUCGUGCUCAGGUGAACUAAAAAAGAUAAAUGAAGUUAAUUUGUUGUUGCAGAGAAUAGACCUAAAUCGCCUAUCAUUAAUUGACUGUUUAAUAACUAUGGUUUAUAAAAUAUAAUGUUAGUACAUUGUACGUUACUUUUGUACACUAAUCUACCUGUUAUCAAAAUCAUACUGUGAUUAUAACCUAUUAGGUUUGAAGAAAUAAAACAGUUUUGACAUGCA